UAACGUUACUACCGGUUAGCAGUGCUGCGGGUGUGUGAUGCAACCACCUGCACGGAAGUUCUCUGCUCUCAAGAAGUAAAUAACAUUCUUAACGACAGCCCUGAUUAACACUUUAAUCGGCUAGACAGUAAAACUGUCAUUUCGCCUCAGUCUUCUUCGCUUGCUACCGUUAGCAACUCGGUAAUGAUUUUUAUAUGGAAGCUAACGAUAGCUAGCACGCGGUCAAUUUCACUCGGUUUCACUCCUUCUUUUGAGAGUUUUUCUGUGUCGCGGUCAGUCUGUCGCCUUCUCCCCUUAGCUAGCUAAAACCCUGCACCCACUGGGCCUCCCUAUGUACGUAUUUUAAAGAGCUGGGUGCCAGCGGAGCCACCCCACCUGUACUCUCUCGUUGAGCGGAUCCAUCUUUAAAUGGCCACCGCUGCGCCCCCGCCAGCCUCUGGCUCUGCUGCGACCACUGAAAACCAAAGUCCCGGAUCCAGCAGCUCGACUGCAGCCGACAGUGGCAACCAGGAUAGCACUUUCGAGUGUAAUAUAUGUCUGGACACCGCCAAGGAUGCAGUGAUCAGCCUGUGUGGACACCUCUUCUGUUGGCCUUGCUUGCACCAGUGGUUGGAGACCAGACCCAACAGACAGGUGUGUCCAGUGUGUAAAGCUGGUAUCAGCAGAGACAAAGUUAUCCCCUUAUAUGGACGGGGAAGCACAGGUCAACAAGACCCCAGAGAAAGAACACCCCCUCGACCACAAGGGCAAAGACCUGAGCCAGAAAACCGUGGUGGCUUUCAAGGGUUUGGCUUUGGAGAUGGGGGCUUCCAAAUGUCAUUUGGAAUUGGUGCCUUUCCGUUUGGUAUUUUUGCUACGGCUUUUAACAUCAAUGAUGGAAGACCUCCUCCAGCCCCUGGGACACCACAGCACAUGGAUGAACAGUUUCUGUCUCGACUCUUCCUGUUUGUCGCCCUUGUGAUCAUGUUUUGGCUGCUGAUUGCAUAAAUGCAUGGAAAGACAAGAUCUUGGGGCAACCCAUAAGAUUUGACCGCUUCAAUGGUUUGCACCAAUGUGAUUCUGCCUUAAUAUAUUUUUUGGUUCCGUGUUUUUCUUUCUCUCCUUGACACAAAGAGAUUUGAAUGAAGUAGGUUUUUCCAAAAUAACGAUAUCGGUGGUAAUCCAAGUAUAACAACUUUCAAGGCGAACCACAUACAUAACCUUGGUUUCCUAAUGUUAUAACUCAUGAACACAGUUGCUUAGUGUUUGCAAAGCAGCAUGCCAAAAUUUCUCCUUCGCCCAAAACCCCAUUAGCAAACAGCUUCAAACUUCAUGCUGUUCGAUACAACCUUUCCCCUUAAAUAUCUACAUCUGUCUGUCUCUUAGUUGUUGGUUAUUUUUUUUCAUCAGACACAAAGGAGGUCAGAUGAGAAAGUGGAGAUAAUUCUUGGUGUUCUUUUUUGUAUUGCAGUUUUUUAUUGUAUUUGAAGUUGUUCUCUGCUAAAGAAACUAAGUCCACCAGGACUCUGUGCUCAUCAACUUCAGUCACACUUCCACUCCCAUGUUUUGUAUGGCAAUUUCUUUUCAACCUUUAUUUGGCCUGUUGAACCCUAUAUGUUUUUAGGGUAUAUUUUAUUGAAAAUUAAUUAAGGGUCAGUUGGCCCUACUCUUAUUGCUGUAGCAGGAAAAGCACAGAUGUUGCUAAUAACACUAACAAUGGCUCUUUGCCCUGUAAGUCAUAACGGUGAGAGCCAUAGAUUUGUUUUAUUUACAUCUGUGCAUUUCCUACUGUGCCAUGUCAAAUGUCUUCCAGUAAAAGGACCUAUUCAUUCAGGCCUGUAUUUUUUUUUCUUCAUUAUUGUUGCAAAGUAUCUAAGUUGCGUGCUGAAAACUAGCAUGUGCCUCCUCCAUGUUGUUUCUCUGUUCACUGAUGUACUAAGAAUGUUGUUUAUUGCUUUUAUCCCGCUGUACCCGCUCUUAUGAAGUGUGCAUCUCAUCUGCAAAAUUUAACAAAAUCAUACACAUUUUGUGGAAUCAAAGCAAUAUCAGACAUUUCCUCUUUAUUUUAGAUGAGAUUUAAAAGAGAUGUGUUGAUGCAUGUAAACAGUUGAAAGAUUAAUUUAUCAAACAGUGUUCCUCUCCAAAUUUUCUUUCACUCAGUUUUCUCUCACUGUAAUUAAAUGUAAAAUACUGUAGAUUAUUACAGACUUGAAAUGAAGAUUGGUUGAUUGAUCAUUUCUAAAUGUGAAUUCACUCUAUUGACAGUAAAACUAUGUAAAUAAAAGAUGUUAACC